AGAAACAAAAUGGCGAUCGAUCCUUCUCUUACCGAAACUGAUAUCUUUGACGAAGUUUUGAAAUAUGGACUGUUUUUGGGCGCCAUUUUCCAGCUGGUGUGCAUAGGAGCUGUUAUAUUUGUGCCGAGUAGAGAUGACAAGAGGGAUGGAGACUCAAGUGACGAUGACGGUUCUGAUCACGGCUCCCCACACACGUCCCCCCCUCAUCGCGGUCACAACCAGCACCACCGACGCAAGCAAGACAAGAAGAAGAGACGGUGAAUUCAGCAAGAAAGGCUUCGGGAAGAAUAACUUAUGUUUGACGGAAUAGUGUUUACUCUCGGACCUUAUUGAAUCUUAAAGGGUUUAUGAUUAUUAUCAUUAUUUUUUUUCUUUCUUUCUUUUUUUGAGUGGGGGAUUACUACUUGCUAUGCUGAAAAUGGGUUGUGUCAAUUUUGGUAUACUGAUACGAUAUGUAUGAAAAUGUGUUUUAUCCAAGUGAGUGCUUGCUUUCUGAUCCGAAGGGAACAUAUGAAAUAGUAUGAAGUUCGAGAUUUAAAGGCAGCUAUUGAAAUUUACCUGAGUCCGUUUUAGCACAGGAUGAAUUGUAUGCUUGUACAGAUAAAGAGUAUGUUAUCUGAAAAUAGAUUAGCAUGAGCAUGUGGAGAGAUAUGUCGAUAGUCGUCUACUUUAUGAUUGUCAAGGAAAAAAAAAGAAUUGGGCAUUUUAAUUUUUCUUUUAAAUUUUUACUUUUUUCUUUAUAAAUCAUGCAUACAAUAUACAUUCCUUAAACUGUAGGUCACAUUUAAUUAUAAAUUAUUUUGUAUCUAUUUUCCACAGUGGUCUAUGAUCAUACUAACAGCCAAAAGCAUUCUUAGAGAAAUGCAUUGAAUAUAUACAAUUCCUGCAUAAAGCUAAUGCUCAAAAACUGAGUAUAUAUUAGGUCUUCGGGCAUAUGGCUUCCAGGAGACAUCUGCCAUUGCAUUUUUAUAUGCAAGUGAAAUACUCUUGUGCUGCAUUUUCCAAAAAUGCGGUGUUGUAGAAUUAGUUUUUUUUUUCUGUCUAACAGUUAUUUUUAAGUUUCUUUUUUGUUAGAGUAGCAGGCCUACUUAAUAUGAUACUGCAAAGAAUCCCCUACACGAUGAAGCUUUUGUAAGAUUUUACACUUGAGAACCACCCUGUUCGAGGGUAUGGCGGUGCUUUUGCGGGAAUUUGGUGUUGGGAAUACCACCCCUAUCUGAGAGAAUAAUGCCCUUUCUAACAUCACCCAUGGUUUAAUUUUCAGAUCCCGCAGGACAAGUAUAGACCUACUUGUAUUAACUUAUAAGAUUCAUGGGCUUACUCUACUGUGAUUUCAGAUCUGAAUAGAUGUAUCUUUAUGUUGAAUGUUAGCAUUUGAUUUUAUUUAUGUAUUUUAUGUAGUUUGGUUGUUUGUGUAUAUUUAACAUGCGAUCAGGUUGGAAAUUAAACCUAGAAUUUUCAAUGGAGUUUUGAUUAGGAAUUUUAUAUCUUUUCUAAUUAGAUUUCUUAAGUUUUAGUUGAUCUGAAUUAUAAGUCUGAUCUUGAGAAGUUUAUUCAAACAUGAAGGAAUUGAAUCUUGUUGGUGGUUUCGCUGCAGUUCUGUCUUUGCUGGAAAAUGUAGUUAGAUUUUUGUUUGUUUGUAACAUUCCAAACAGCUGUGCAAUACUACUUCAAUGUCUUUUUGCAUUUUUAAAAUAAAAUGAACCAAUUGCA